UCAGCAUUACUCACCACGAUCCCGUCUCUGACGCUUAACCAGAACCUUCUUGUCUUCGGAGCUUAACCAUGGCGAUUCGCCUCGCCAGGUCAUUGGCUGCAUCAUCAUCUUUGCCUUCGUCGUUUCCGUCGCUUUUCCGGCUCGGAAUCUGGAGGUUGACUUCGGAUAUCUCUGCCCCUGCGACCGGUAGGGUUGUCGCCUUCUCUUCGUCGUCGUCGUCGUGGACGAGUCCCGAGGACUUGACGGCGGCCUCUAAGAGGCGAGGGAAGAAUAUGACCGAUCGUCUUUCCUCCGUGAUUGACGCCGUCAAUGACCGGAAGCUUCCGCCGGAGCUACGUGGGCAGCGCAAUUCCGUCCGAGUUUUCGCAAGGCAAUUCAGCUCUGAUACUAAGAGGGUAAAUACCAAAGUCAAUUUCUCUCCCUCAGAUGAUGACUCAGAGGAGGAAACCUCACUUGCUGUUGAAGAUGCUGGCCAGCCGAAGAAGCUCCCUCCACCAUAUGACCCUUUCAACAAGAAACCAGUGUUAGAGGAGCCAGAGGAUCCUAAGGAUCUCCAAGCAGUUUUCCACAAGAUGAAAACAGGAGGCCUUACCAAUGAAGCUGUAAAGAUGUUUGAUGCAUUGUCCAAAGAUGGCCUGACUCAUGAAGCCCUCGAGCUUUUCUCCCAAAUCAAAGACAAAGGCCACAUGCCUGAUGUGGUUGCCCAUACUGCCAUUGUCGAGGCUUAUGCUAAGGCGGGUCAGCCUAAUGAGGCUCUCAAGGUGUUCAUGCGUAUGCUCGCUUGUGGAGUUGCACCCAAUGCAUAUACUUACACUGUUCUUAUCAAAGGCCUCGCAAGGGAUGCUAAGUCGCUGGGGGAUGCAAAGAAGUAUUUGCUAGAGAUGUUGGAAAAGGGCAUUCGCCCCAAUGCUACCACCUAUUUGGCUGUGUUUGAAGCAUUUGUAAGGGAGCAAAAGGAGGAUUCAUCUAGGGAAUUGUUGAAAGAGAUGGAGGAGAAGGGGUUUGUGCCUAAUGAGAAGGCCGUGAGAGAGGUUCUUCAAACGAAAAGAGGCCAAGUUUUUAGGACUGUCAUCAGCAUUCUGUUUGAUAAGUAGCACUGUAGUUGCACCAGUUAGCAGUAUAUUUUCAAUGACCGUGUUAUGAUACACUUUCCGGUGAUAUUUGGUCCUCAGUUGUGGUGUUUGGCUGACUUUUUCCAAUUUUGCAGUUAUCUGGGAUGUGAACAAGUUUCUUUCUUCUGGUUCUGAAUGUUAAUGCAUUGCAUCAGCUUCGUUGUUU